ACGCAAAUCAAAAAACAAAUUUAGGGCCAUUUUUUCUAUUUCCAUUUCUGAAUCAAAAAUCGGACAACCAAUUUAAUGAACCUUUUUUAAAAAACUAUUGCAUUUUCUGACGCAAAAUUUAGUUUUCGGGGAAAGGCCUUGAAUUUCUGUAUUUCCAUUUUCAAUUUUCAAUUUUUACGCUUUUCAGUCUGUGACCGGGAAAUAAAAUAAUUGGCGGAUUGAUCCACCUUGCAGGAAGCGCAGGAAGCAGUGCGGUAGCCUAGCUUAACUAAUUUCAGCGUGGUGUAGGUCUGCAAACAACCUGUAUUUUGUCGGUGCGGUAACAAUUCAUCGUGCACAAUGGACUCGAGUUAUAUCCUUUUUAAAGGAAACAAAAGGCUAACGCUUAAGGAGGACGACAUGAUUGGAGAUAAAAUCGCCAGAAUAUUCCAGGUAUAUGCUCCUAGCCUGUAUAUAACUGAUGAUGACAAUGUGGCGAUAUUCCCGGGAUCGGCUGGACAUUUCAGCUGCUUGGACCUAAGACCUCGUGGCCACUAUGAGGUUCAUGGGGAUGAUAUUGGUCUGCCAGUUGCUGAGCAGACUCAUCCAUUGUCAGGCCAGAACCGUUUCCAGUUCCACCGUACAGCACAGCCCACUGCUGCUCUAGGGUCACCUGCUCAGGCCGUAGCUCCCACACCCCCCCGAGCAAGCAUGAGUAACACCUUCCAAAGGUCUGUUUUCAUUGCUGAGCUCAGCCAGGGGAAACUUAAGCCUGCUCGUAUGGUUGUACUCAGACUGUUUGAGUUUGAAGCCACAACCACAGGUAUCCUUGCAAAAAUACACGAUGCCCUGCAGAGUGAUGACCCUCUCAUCCUGACUGAUGCCCAGGGAAAUGAAAUUGUGGACUCCGAAGGGACAAGAGGCUCCAAGUAUUGGAAGCAAAAUGCAAAGAAGUUUCUUGCUGUCCCAGAGAACAUCUUCCAUGAGUUCCAGCAAGGAACAAAGGGAAAGAAACUGAGUCAUAAAGAUAUGGACUCCACAAGUCUUCAGGAGGUCCAUGACAAAAUAGAAGAAGUGAUCUUGGCUGCUCAAGGACUGAGUGAAGUCACCACAGUCAUCAAGGACCUGUCAAAACAUGCCAGCAACACCACGGGCGCCAUGCUGGUUCUGACCCACACCAUGAUAACACACGUGAAGGAUGCCUUUGGUUGUAUUGUGUGCAAAGGGCUAAUGGAAGAACCUGUGAUGGCCGUAUGCUGCAAAAGCUUUGUCGGCUGCAAAAACUGCGUUGACCAGUGGAUGCUGACAUCCGACCAGUGCCUCAAAUGCAGGGCAGAUGAGUUCUCUGUCAAUGCACACAGGCUGAUCAGUCUGGACAAUGUUCUCUCCAUACUGGGUGGUGUAAUUAAGAUGUGAAUGUAUCACGUUCUGUGAUUUAAGCUUGAUUACCUCUGUUACAGUACAUCUGGCUAAUUGCCUCGUUCAAAGUCAGUUGGAAUUUUGCACUUGUUCAACGGCUGUAGAGGAUACAGAAUAUUUUUAUUUUUAUAUAUUUUUUGUAUUUCAUGUUGCACUUUAGAAAAAAUAUGUUUACUGGGUUGGGAACAUAGUGUAAUGUUGCUAUAUAGCAAGUGUUCGAUUUUAGUUGCAAUUAACCUCUUAAGCCCUAGAGACCCUGUAUAUGGGUCCUGUUAGGGUUAAUCUGGAAAAUUACAUUAGUCAUCAUAAUAUUCAAAAGCCAAUGCAAAGGUGAAUAACCAUGAUUGCUCAUCAUCUUUGCUUUGACCCUUUUACAGACUAUCAUUUCAAGACAUUUUUUCAGAGAAGUAAAAUUUCACUAGAAGCCAUAAAAUUUCACCAAAAGAUGUUAAAUUUCACACACUUCACAAAACUUUUUUUUUUUUUUUUUGCAAUGUCGCAAAUUUCUUGAAUGUCUUGUAAUGUUAGCCUGUAAAAGAGUCAAUGCAUCUUUGCAUU